GGUUUGUGAGUUUGUGAUGCAACUGUUGUGAGACAUUUUUCCUAAGAUGAAGGCUUUGGGGUUUUAUUGUUGUUUCCUGUAUGUACAGCAGUUGUGAGAGAUUACAUCGGAAGAUCUGGUUCUCUCAACCAGUUAGUUUUUUUACCACCAAAAUCAAACAAAAAUAAGGAAAUUUAAUUAUUAUGUUGUUAGCAGUUCUGCUCCAAAGUUGUUUAAAGCUUGGCAAUCGACCAUCUCUUUUAUUUGGGUCACCAUGAUGGACAUUGAUCUCUGAGCUUUGAUUGUAGCUCAGGAAAGCAGGUCACUGAUUUCCAAACUGUGAAACUAUCAAUUUCUCCUCUGCCCUAAAGCUCUAAAUCCUAGCUUAAUUAAAACUGUAGGCCAAGGAGAGAGGACAUAAACCAUGUAGGAGUGAUAAAAACAAUUUAGAAAAAUUAUAUGUGAAGUUUAGUUUGAUUAAACGGUGAUGGAGGGAGUUUAAAAUUAAUAAUCUGUUAGAGCGUUGCUUCAGACUUAAAAUACUUCCUAGUGGGGAUGUUAACGUCUAAGCGAAUAAAACAAAUUGCGAUUAUUGACUCCUGAGUGGCUCGAAAUCCUUGGGCAGAAGUGUGACUCUGCAUGUUUUACUUUGCUGUUCAUGAAACUUUCAAAGGCUCCCUGCAUUAUGUAACUGGAGCUGGCACAGAUGAUCUAUCUGCUGGCACUGACACUGACUGGCCUGGUGUAUCGCUGAUGCCUGAAACUCUGAUAUCAGAGUAACUAUUAACAUUAAGCAGAGCUGUACUGGCAGAAGGCCAGAUUGGGCCAACACAAUAUUGGAAAACUAUGGAAACAACUCAAUCAUCUCUCUAGUUACUGGUAUCUGCCCUGCAAUCGCACCAUUUCCUAUGGUAAAUGGUAUGUUGUGGUUUUGUAUGUCGUAACUUUUGCAUUAUUUAAUUAUUUUUUUCAUCUUCCGUCUCGUUUCUCUCGUUUCUCCCGUCUUUCCUGAACAUUCACUCCUUUUGUCACAUUGCUCCCGGCUCUUGAACCUGGUGCACCUUAUUUCCUCAUGGUGGACUCGCUGCUCCCUCCUCCCCUGACAUGGCCCUCCUGUCCUUUGCCCUGAUAAACCUCUCCACUCGUGUGCUCCCUUCUGGUUGGAGAUUGCAGAGUGCACUGUAGCCCCAGUUGCAAUGGAGGACAGUGACCAUGAGGUUCACUCUUCAACAGACGAGCAGGACUCCUGCCCUGCCUCCCCUAAUCACAGCAGGCACCAUGAUGCUAAACAGCAUUCAUGCCAUUCAGACGACUCAGAGGUGGAGGACAUUAUGCAAGACCCUCACCACCAAGGGGGGCACGGCCACCAUGACCACACACACCUCCACCAGCACGGUCAUGAGCUUCACGAUGCAGACAGGGAAGCUGAGAGCGAAGACCGCCCUCACACCCCGUCAUAUUUGCGUCCCCCUGUGGCGGGCAGGGCGCAGUCGGGUUCAUGUUCAGAGCCCAGUUUACCGCAGAGCAGAAGUGUGGAGUUUGACUUGUCGCCGGUGCCCAUCAGUCCCACCAGGCCCAAGAGUCCCUGGGGUCGAUUUGACCCGUACAACAACAAUGAGGACCAGGACAAGGAAUACGUGGGUUUUGCAACGCUGCCAAACCAGGUUCACCGCAAGUCAGUGAAGAAGGGAUUUGACUUCACGCUCAUGGUGGCAGGGGAGUCUGGCCUGGGGAAGUCCACCUUGGUCAACAGUCUCUUUCUCACAGAUCUUUACAAAGAUAGGAAGCUGCUCAAUGCUGAAGAGCGGAUCACACAAACGGUAGAAAUCACCAAACACACAGUGGAUAUAGAGGAGAAAGGUGUCAAACUGAAGCUCACCAUCGUGGACACCCCCGGGUUUGGGGAUGCCGUAAACAACACUGAAUGCUGGAAGUCAGUGGCUGACUACAUCGACCAGCAGUUUGAGCAGUACUUCAGGGACGAGAGUGGCCUCAACCGCAAGAACAUCCAGGACAACCGCGUACACUGCUGCCUCUAUUUCAUCUCACCCUUUGGUCAUGGCCUCCGGCCUUUGGAUGUGGAAUUUAUGAAAGCUCUUCAUGAGAAGGUCAACAUCGUCCCCAUUUUGGCCAAAGCAGACACACUCACCCCGACUGAGGUCAAGAAAAAGAAAAUCAAGAUCCGAGAGGAGAUCGAGCAGUAUGGGAUCAAGAUCUACCAGUUCCCCGACUGUGACUCCGAUGAAGAUGAGGACUUCAAGCAGCAGGACCAUCAGCUCAAGGAAAGCAUUCCCUUUGCAGUGAUUGGCAGCAACACUGUGGUGGAGGCCAAAGGGAAGAGGGUGCGAGGCCGUCUCUACCCCUGGGGCAUCGUAGAAGUGGAGAACUCGGCCCACUGUGACUUUGUGAAGCUGAGGAACAUGCUCGUUCGCACACAUAUGCAAGAUCUGAAGGACGUGACCCGGGAGACUCACUACGAGAACUACAGAGCCCAUUGCAUCCAGAACAUGACCCGCAUGGUUGUGAAGGAACGCAACCGCAACAAACUAACCAGGGAGAGCGGCACAGACUUCCCCCUCCCCGUGGUGCCCGGAGUGGGUGACGAGACAGAAAAGCUCAUCCGAGAGAAAGAUGAGGAGCUGCGGCGGAUGCAGGAGAUGCUGACAAGGAUCCAAGAUCAAAUGCACACUCAGAAAGACGGCUAUUAACACAGGAGAGCCCCGUGUAACUGGGAUGUGAAGAAGAAAAGAAAGAAAUCACCCAGGAAACCUUUAUUCCUUUCUGGAACAUUGACGUCCCUUUGUGUCCACCUGCCACCACUCAACCUCAUCAACAGCACCGAACACCUGGACCAGGGACCUGCAAGGAGGUGGUAAGCUGUUCUGACAUUUGCCGCCUCCCUUUCUCCUCUCUGACAUCAUGGCACCGUUGCUGCCUAAAUACUCGACCCUCCACUCCACUGUUUUCUGUUUUGUCUGUUUGAAUAACCUUUUAAUGGUAAGAGGGGUCGAAUAGCUGCGUAUGUCGCGAUCAGACUUUUCAAAUAUAUGAACUUUAUUUAGCCGCAUGAUCACAGGGUUAUUCUAUUUUUUACAUGAGAUCUGAUAUGUGGUUUACAUGUGGUGACCUACUCUUUUUUUAUUUUUGGCAUACUGUAAUAAUUUAAUUUUCUAUAUUACAUUAUAUUUGUUGUACUGCUUUUCAUCUUUUAUUUGUUCCUGGUUUUAUUUAAACUACACAGCUUGCCAUUAUGUAUAGAUGAUUGUUUUAUGUAUAUUUCUUUUCAUCUGAGGUUCUUGCUGGUUAUUGGGUUUAAUCUUAAUCUGAGUUUGUUUAGAUUCAAUUAAACUUUGCUUUAUCAGUGUCUGCAUGUUUAUCAUAGCUGCCACCUCUGCUGCCUGAUGGCGUGGCUGUUAGUGGCUCCACUCAAAGUUAGUCAGUAUUAACUCAAUGCAAUGUUUACUGUACUGAUUGCCAUAUCAACAGUCAAAAUCAUCCACUUUUUACAAGACAAAGAAGUCUAUUAUUAAUUGCAGAAUUCCCCCAAAACAGAGGUGUUCCAAAGUCAGUUCCUCUUAUGACACAACUACCAAAAGUUCACAUGUGAGUUAGUCGUUGGAGAUGAUUAGACCCUCUGAUUUGCAUGAGAUGAGUGCCCGAGGCAAAGGGUGCAUCAAAGGCCUAUAAAGUGCAUAUACUUUUGCAUGUGUUGUGUGAAGGUUUUGCAGAUCAAUUUAGUGAUCAUAAGGUCAUUUAUGGGCAAUGGAAAUAUGUAGCUACUUAAUUGUUGGGUAGAAUAUAUUAAGAGGAGGUGGAUUUUUUUGUUUUAUUUUGGUUGGUGAGAAUUAUGUUGAAGGGAUAUCAAAUGUUCGAUGUGUGCUAACUUUAAAGUAACCAAAACCAACAAUGACCAACUUAAUUAAUUUUCCUUAUCAAAGUGCAAAUGUAGUUUUGUAUUGACAAGCUAAGUGUAAUGAAGAAAAAAAGAUGGGUUGAACUUGAUUUUUUUGCAAAUCGUUUCUAUGUUCCGAAUAUAAACCAAUGCAAUGUGAUGUGACCUUUAUGUUUAAAAGAAGAAGAAAAAAAAAAGACAUUCCUUGAGCUUCUGUCCCAGAGUCAGGUAUUACUUUUGUUUCUGGCUUUUUUGUUUCUUUUAUAUUACAUUUGUCUUUUGUUUCCUACUUUUUGGAGUAUAUUUAUGUAAUAAAUUAAAAAAAUUAAAAACAAAUGGAGAGAACGAUAUGUACAAAUUCUAAUAUCGUAAUAAAAAAAUUAAAAUAAUUCCAAGUCUCCAUCAGACAUUAAGUUUAGCUUUUAUGUUGUGAAAAUGUAAGCAGAAUUUGAUGCUUUGAGUUGAUUUUAAUAAAGGAGUUUAACCUGUAAUACAUUUUAAUCAACUAAUGAUGAAACUAGAUGAAAUGUUCGACCAUUACACACUAUGUGUGUUAUAAGUGGCAUAGCCUAUUGUAGUUUCAGUACUUGGGACUUGCAGUUUGGAUUUCUGUUAAAGGUUGUGAAUCGAAGGCAACUGGAGGCGUGGCCCCGCCCCCGAGGGCUCACUAACUGUAGUUAAUUGCUAAUUAACCAGCUAUGUGGCUCAUUAAAUGUUUGGAUACAUUUUUCUAGCCCUCCUGAAACCUGCUUGUAUUUGAGUAUAAAGACCUUUGCACAUGAAGAAUAGACAUAAAUCUUUUUCAAUAUGUAUUUCAUUGGGAUUUAAUGCAAUGGACCAACACAAAAUAGUCCAUUUGGAAGU